AUGACUUCAUUCUCCAACUAUUUAUUUCCUAUUUUCUCUCUCUCUCUCUCUCUCUCUCUCUCUCCGUUUGUCUCUCUCUCUCUCUCUCAUUCUCUUCUUCCUGACCUACAAUUUCAUUCUCUUUCUUUUCCCAUAGUUUUAUCUCUCUCUUUCUUUCUCUGUCUGUCUGUCUGUCUGUCUGUCUGUCUCUCUCUCUCUCUCUCUCUCUCUCUCUCUCUCUCUCUCUCUAUAUCAUUUACUUUUAUCUGUCACCCCAUUAAUGAGACUUCUUUAAUUUAUCUUUCGUCCUUGUUCUUCCCUUUCUCUUUCUCUGCACUUUACUUUUUUUUUUCUUUUGUUUUAUUUCUAUUUUUCUUUUCUUUGCGUUCUCUUCUUUAUCGUUGCCGUUUUUCUUCUCGCUUAUUUUUUAUUUUUAUUCUACUUUCUUUCUUUUUUUUUUACUUUCUCUUUAACUUGUUCUCUUUAUUUCCAUUUCACUUCUUUUUCAUUUUUUUUUUUUUUCACCUUUUUUUCCUCUCUUCUAAUAUUUUCUCUGCUCUUUUUUCUCCUAUUAUUUAA